AAAGACAGAUACAGAUAUAGAUAAGAGUAUGAGUUUAUUAUUAAGUAUAUCCAUUUAAAGAGAUGCUCUUCUGGCUAUGGCACAUCAUAUGGGCAUCUUUUACACUCUAUAAAACUGUGGAUGAGGUCGCAACAAAAAUAAUAAAAAUAAAUGAGGUGCCAUAAAAGCAAGCUAAGCAUGGUAUAGGGUAUAUGACUAUACAUAUAUGUACAUACACAUGCAUGUAUAAAGGGUAUUUAGUGAGGUUUCACAUUAAAUUUCACUAAGAAAUCGCAAACGUGUUUAACAUGAGCCCCACUUAAAGGUACAUAAGCAAAAGUCAAAUGGAAACGGGGGAAAAGUUGAAUUGAAUGAAAUUCACUCAGUGAGUCGUGCUGCUAUGAUAGAAUUCGCGAUCUUCGAUCGGGAAGUGUAUCAAAAUGUUUUGGCUAAUAUAAACUGAAGCAAGCUGAUCUAUAAUAAUAUCAAUCAAAUGGGCAACUCGAGCUGCAAAAGCUUUCGAGCAGAAAGCUUCGAGCUGCAGCAAAAGCUAAGCAGAUAGAAAGAAGGAGAGAAAGAGCAAGAGAUAGAAAGAAAACCAGCUCAGACGUUGGACAGCGCACGUAGCCGAAGAGCACAGACAGAGACGAAGAUGAUGGCGAAGGAGCAGCCGAGGGGCCGGACGCCGACGAAUACGAAUGAAAACGAAAGUGCAGCCGCAAUGGUCAAAGCUCAAAGUGAAGAGCUUUUCGUGAUUUUGGUUUGGUUUUGUUUUUGCUUUUUUCUGUUUUUUUUUUUUUUUUGGUUUGGGAGGGGAGCUCGAGUGUGGACUGCGCUCCAACGAUUUGCUCAUUGAACAAGACGAGCCCGUGGCGUGCGUAUCGUACAGUGAGUGCUCGCUGCCGUCGCCAACUACCGUCGUGACUGUCAACAAUUAUAUAAAGAACGUUGCACGCUAAGUAAGAAAAGUGAAGAAAGAUAUAGAGAUAUAAAUACCCAAAGAUAUAUAUUUAUACAUAUAUUUAUAUAUAUUUAUAUACAUGAGUGUAUAAAAUGUGUAAGACAAUGGAAAGUGGCAAGCGGUUGCGUUUGUGGUAACUGCAGACGAGGCAACAGAGCCGCAGCAGCAACAGUUGCAGUUGCAGUUGCAGCAGCAACAACAAAGACAGCGACAACAAGCGGAGUUCUGUCCAUAUUGCAGUUGAAAUAUGGGCCAAGAGGUAUCGCAACAGCAGCAGCAACACCACAACCACAACCACAACCACAGCCACAGCCACCGCCAGAACCAUAACCUCAACCACAAUCUGAACCUCAAUCAUAAGCGUGGCCAGCCGCAUCGCAAGAGCUACAAGGAUCCCAUCUAUACGCCCGCCAGCCAUCUGUCUAGCAGCUCCAGCUCGAACAGUACCGACGACUACGACGCCAACUAUAGACUGCGGCACAAGUACAAUUUAACGAAGCAGACGUACGAGCGGACCAAGAUCCUGGCCGGCAGCGCUACGAACCGAAGCAGCCUGCCGUUGGAUAGCGACUCCCAUUACGCCAAGUUGAACGGAAAGUACUUGCAGCGCAGCAGCUCUCAGAGCUCGGACAGCGGCAUCUACAACUCCUCCUGCCACUGCUCAUCGCUCUCAUCGCUGUCCUCGUCGGCGAUUAGCAGCAGCUCGGCGAGCUCCAGCAGCGGCUGCCCCAGCUCGCUGCUGUCCAGCAAGUCCAGCCGUUCGCUGGACAAGCAGAAGCACUAUCUGAGCCAUCACCUGUAUAUCAAGUCCUACUUGGACAUCUUGGAGGAGGACGAACGGGCGCGCGCCCACUUCAAGUCAGCCCGGCCGGGUGGCAUACGCAACUAUACGCCCAAAAUACUUGGCGGAGGCGACUCGGCCAGUUCCACUCUGUCAGCCAGUGCGCCCGCAGGCAGCUUCGGCUAUCCACACUCGAACCCAGCGAUCAAGCAGCGCACCAGUGUUAGCUCCCAUUGCGCAACGAGCGGAAACUGUCACGAGGAUCCUUGGAUUUGA